ACCGAUGGAGGGAGACAGACGGGAGGAAGAGGAUCUGGGAUGGAUGACCUAUGGGUGCUCGAGGCCUCAAAGGGCACAGCGCCCCCGGGAUCAGCACAUCCCGAGAGUCCCGGGCACCAGGCAGCGGGAGGGAGUGCGACCCGGGAGGGAGGAGGGAGGGGCGUGGCCGCGCGCUGGGGGAGGGCUGGAGGAGGGGCUGUCGCGCGCCGCUAGUGGCUCUGGGGGCUCGGCUUUGCCGCGCUCGGUGCACUUGGGCGAGAGCUGUAGCGGAGAGAGGAGCUCAGAGUCUAGCGCAGCCACCGCGAUGAGAGGCGCUCGCGGCGCCUGGGAUCUGCUCUGCGUCCUGUUUGUCCUGCUGCGUGGCCAGACAGGAACUUCCCAGCCAUCUGUGAGUCCAGUGGAGCUGUCUCCACCAUCCAUCGAGCCAGCGCAAUCGGAGUUAAUAGUCGAAGCUGGUGACACCAUCAGGCUUAUGUGUGUUGAUCCUGCCUUCGUCAAAUGGACUUUCGAGACUAUCAAUCUAAUGAGUGAGAAUAAGCACAGAGAAUGGAUUCAGGAAAAUGCCAAAGCCACUCAUACCGGCAGAUAUACGUGUGUCAACAGCGCCGGCCUCAGGAGCUCUGUUUAUGUGUUUGUUAGAGAUCCUGACAUACUUUUCCUGGUUGACCUUCCCUUGUAUGGGAAAGAAGACAAUGACACGCUGGUCCGCUGCCCUCUGACAGACCCACAGGUGUCAGAUUAUUCCCUCAGGGAGUGUGAUGGGAAGUCUCUCCCCAAGGACCUGACAUUUGUCCCAAACCCCAAGGCUGGCAUCACCAUCAAAAACGUGAAGCGCACCUACCACCGGCUCUGUCUCCGCUGUGCUGCCCAGCGCGGAGGCAAAUGGGUGUUGUCGGACAGAUUCAUCCUGAAAGUGAGGGCAGCCAUCAAAGCUAUCCCUGUUGUGUCUGUGCCCAAAACAAGUCAUCUCCUUAGGGAAGGGGACAAGUUUACAGUGACAUGCACCAUAAAAGAUGUGUCUAGUUCUGUGGGCUCGAUGUGGAUAAAGGGGAGUACUCAGGCUAAAGCACAGGUAAAACGAAGUAGCUGGCAUCGGGGUGACUUCGACUAUGAACGCCAGGAGACACUGACUAUCAGCUCAGCAAGAGUUAAUGAUUCUGGAGUGUUCAUGUGUUAUGCCAAUAAUACUUUUGGAUCAGCAAAUGUCACAACAACCUUGAAAGUAGUAGAUAAAGGAUUCAUCAACAUCUUCCCAGUGAAGAACACUACAAUUUUCGUAAAUGAUGGAGAAAAUGUGGAUUUGGUUGUUGAAUAUGAAGCCUACCCCAAACCUGAACACCAACAGUGGAUAUAUAUGAACAGGACCACCACUAACAAAGGGGAAGAUUAUCUCAAGUCUGAUAACGAAAGUAACAUCAGAUAUGUGAACGAGCUCCAUCUGACCAGAUUAAAAGGCACAGAAGGAGGCACCUAUACCUUUCUGGUGUCCAACCCUGAUGUCAGCGCUUCCGUGACAUUUAACGUUUAUGUGAACACAAAGCCAGAAAUCCUGACGUCUGACAGGCUCGUGAAUGGCAUGCUCCAGUGUGUGGCAGCGGGAUUCCCGGAACCCAUAAUAGAUUGGUAUUUCUGUGCAGGGACAGAGCAAAGGUGUACUGUUCCCGUCCCACCAGUGGAUGUACAGAUCCAGAAUGCUUCUGUGUCACCAUUUGGGAAACUGGUGGUUCAGAGUUCCAUAGACUCCAGUGUCUUCAGGCACAAUGGCACAGUGGAGUGUAAGGCCUACAACGAUGUGGGCAAGAGUUCCGCCUUCUUUAACUUUGCAUUUAAAGGUAACAACAAAGAGCAAAUCCAGCCCCACACCCUGUUCACACCACUGCUCAUUGGUUUUGUGAUCACAGCUGGCAUGAUGGGCAUUAUUGUGAUGGUUCUCGCCUACAAAUAUUUACAGAAACCCAUGUAUGAAGUACAAUGGAAGGUUGUCGAGGAGAUAAAUGGAAACAAUUAUGUUUACAUAGACCCGACACAACUUCCUUAUGAUCACAAAUGGGAGUUUCCCAGAAACAGGCUGAGUUUUGGGAAGACAUUGGGUGCCGGCGCCUUCGGGAAGGUUGUUGAGGCCACUGCAUAUGGCUUGAUUAAGUCAGAUGCUGCCAUGACAGUCGCGGUGAAGAUGCUCAAACCAAGUGCCCAUUUAACUGAAAGAGAGGCUCUCAUGUCGGAACUGAAGGUUCUGAGCUACCUGGGCAAUCACAUGAAUAUCGUGAAUCUCCUUGGAGCGUGCACUGUGGGAGGGCCCACCCUGGUCAUUACAGAAUAUUGUUGCUAUGGUGAUCUCUUGAAUUUUUUGAGAAGAAAGCGUGAUUCAUUUAUUUUCUCAAAGCAAGAAGAUCAGGCAGAGGCUGCACUUUAUAAGAACCUCCUGCAUUCAAAGGGGACUUCCUGCAGUGACAGCGCCAAUGAGUACAUGGACAUGAAGCCUGGAGUUUCCUAUGUUGUACCAACCAAGACAGACAAAAGGAGAUCUGCAAGAAUUGACUCGUAUAUAGAAAGAGACGUGACUCCUGCCAUCAUGGAGGAUGAUGAGCUGGCUCUGGACCUGGAAGAUUUGUUGAGCUUCUCCUAUCAGGUGGCCAAGGGCAUGGCGUUCCUCGCCUCCAAGAAUUGUAUUCACAGAGACUUGGCAGCCAGGAACAUCCUUCUCACUCACGGUCGGAUCACAAAGAUUUGUGACUUUGGUCUAGCCAGAGACAUCAGGAAUGAUUCGAAUUACGUGGUUAAAGGAAAUGCCCGACUUCCUGUGAAGUGGAUGGCACCGGAGAGCAUUUUCAACUGCGUGUACACAUUUGAAAGCGACGUCUGGUCCUAUGGGAUUUUCCUGUGGGAGCUGUUCUCUUUAGGAAGCAGCCCCUACCCAGGGAUGCCAGUCGAUUCCAAGUUUUACAAGAUGAUCAAGGAAGGCUUCCGGAUGCUGAGUCCAGAGCAUGCACCUGCAGAAAUGUAUGAUGUAAUGAAGACUUGCUGGGACGCUGAUCCCCUGAAAAGGCCUACCUUCAAGCAGGUUGUGCAGCUCAUCGAGAAGCAGAUCUCAGAGAGCACCAAGCAUAUUUACUCCAACUUAGCAAACUGCAAUCCCAACCCAGAGAACCCGGUGGUGGUGGACCAUUCUGUGAGGGUCAAUUCCGUGGGGAGCAGCGCUUCUUCGACCCAGCCUUUGCUUGUUCACGAAGACGCCUGAGCAGAAAUCAUGUCCGCAGACUUCCCUGCCGUCUCCAUCCUCAUUCUUUUGGCUUCCACGAUGGUGGUUUUGUUUUCCUUUGACUUGUAUCCUACUUCAGGGUAGCUGGUCCCCCCACCCCACCCCACCCCACCCCACCCCCACCCGACUGUGAUCCUGUCUUUAUGAGCACACUUUAGUGGCUGGUGACCCUUCUUUUUUUUGCCACCAGCCACCAUCCCAUUGUGAAGGUUCGAAAUGUGUGUGUAUAUAUUUUCCCAUUAGCAAAGUAGCUCCUACUGUAAACAGAACUCCUGCUUUAGAGGAGGGAGGGUGGGGUGAAACUAGGUGCCCAGAGUUCUUUGCAAUGCUCCUCUUGAGUCUGUCUGAAAAGUAUAGCCAGUAGUCCAUUGGAAGAAUAGAGGUCGUCCAAUUUGGCCUAGAGAGCCUCCAAGAUGAUGGGGAAGAUGUAGCAAGACUAGAAAGUAAAACCCAAGCCCUUUGUGUGGAAAGUAGACCAUUAAUAGAACAGAGGACACGUGAAAACAUCUGGGCUUAAGAAAUCUACUAGUUCAUGCUGAGAAGGAGACCCAGGCUGUGAAAGAAAGUGCCUCGGAAACACGAACAAAGAUGUGUUGCCGUGGGCUGCCGCAUAAGCCUUUGUACAACUGACCUGGUUUUUAAAUAGAGUUGGCUGUUAGGGAGUAGAAUUGGAGGCAAGGCCUCCCUAGCCAGCAUUUGUAUAUACUCAUCUAUACGUAGUAUGUAUUCAUACAUUGGAGGGGGACCCCCCCCCCCUGAGCUUUAGUUUCUGUGUACAACCCUGGCAUUAGGUAUGCUGUGUGUAAGGAUAGAUUAAGAGCCAUACAGAUUUGAAGGAAACAGUUAAUGCAUAUUUUUAGAGGAAAACUGUUGACUGCUAAGCACAAUCUUUAUAAAACCUCUUAGCCAGUAUACUUGCUCUGUAGAUUGCCGAGAACAAGCCUCCCAGCUUCAGAGUGGCAUUGCAGCCAAGGGAAAGGUUACCAUUUUACCCCAUGAUUCCCGCAGGAGUGAGGAAACGGUGCAAUCCUGGUGUGGAUUCCCACAAAGCAGGAAGCGAAAAUUAGAUUCAGCCUUUUUUUAUAGGCACAUCCUGGACUUUGGGCCAGUAUCUAUAAAGUGUGUGUGUGUGUGUGUGCAUGCGUGUGUAUAUGCGUGUGGGUGAGAUGUUUUGGGGACCUUGUUGCCCUGAAUCCUGGAGGUCCUCCAGUACCCAAGAAGUAACAGCUUUCUUCGCCACUCCAGUCUCUCUCCUGCCCUCCCUGCCUAUCGCCUACUGUCCAGAAGAGAUUACCCAAAGCCACCACAGAGGCUUACAGUGUGGAGCGCUUAAGGAUCUAUUUAUUUGAAAUCCAUCUGCACUUCUGACACUCUUAUCUACACUCAACAUACUGUACCCAUUCCUUAGACCUUAUAUAAUGCUGUCAUUCCAGGAAAACAUAGACUGGAAGCCUGGAUGUUACCUUGUAGUUGCCAUAUCUUUCCCCCCACACACAUACACUCCCCAUCAUCACUGUCCAGUAUAAGCGAUAAGUGUGUACAUGGCAAGAUUUAUGUGUUGUCUUGCAGGAUUCAGGUAUGUUGCCUUCACGGUUUCCCCCAAUUCUUUACCCCUUAGACUACAUUUAGAGACAUGUGGCCAUUAACCUGGAAGUGACCAUUUGCACUGGAGUUCUACACUCUCGCACCUUUCCAAAGUUAACCGAUUAGGAGGUUAUGUUGUCAUGUACGAGAUUGUCACUGUUUGCCAUACUUUGUCUGAAACAUCCCUUUGCAUUCCUAUCGACUUUGAUUUAGUAAGGAAAGUAGCUGUUAAUUAUGGAUGUCUAGGUACUUCAGGGGCACACCAUUGAGAAUUUGUCUUGGGUAUUCUUGAAAGUUUAUAUUUUUAUAAUUUUUUUUUUUUUUUUUUUUACAUCAGAUGUCAGAUGUGUCUUUCAGUUGCUUGAUGUUUGGAAUUAUUUUGUGGCUUUUUUUGUAAAUAUUGAAAUGUAGCAAUAAUGUCUUUUGAAUAUUCCCAAGCCCCAUGAGUCCCUGAAAAUAUUUUUUAUAUAUAUGCGGUAACUUUAUGUGUAAAUAUAUAAGCUGUGCAAGUUUAAACAUGUUAUGGUCCAUGUUUUUUUCUGAUAUGUUGUCCAAUUGUUGACAGUUCUGAAGAGUUCUAAUAAAAAUGUAAAUAUAUAAAUCAAAUAA